AUGCAAUCAUUGAGUAUUGAAUACACAAAAGACGAAGUUGUUUUUUCACUGAAGUUAAACUUAAUAUUCAUUUUUUUAUAAAUAUAUCAGGUAUUCCAUGUUAAAUCAAUCAGUUCUUCUUGAUCACUCAGUCCGCGGAGCAGCAUUUUAUAGCCUCGGCUUCACCUCGGACUACAAACUUACGAUCGCCAGAAAAGUUUCUAACGGCCUAGUGACGAAAUACACUAAUUGUGAUUUUUUGUUCUCUUUGGCGGAAUUAAAUAUCGAGUCUUCUUUAUUUUCGUAUUAGAAAAAUAAAAGAAGGCUGGUGGGGAAAAUUUACAAGUCAAAUGGACGCGGCUGACUUUAUCUGGAGAAAUGGGCGAUGCGGUGAAUGGGCAAAAAAUAUUUACUAAAAUGUGUGCGACUUGUCAUACAGUUGAGGCAGGAGGUAAACACAAAGUGGGGCCGAAUUUGUUUGGAAUUAUCGGGAAAACUGCUGGCACCACCGCUGGUUUCAACUACUCCGAGCCCAUGAAGAAAAAAGGAGUGACUUGGAAUAAUUCAACGCUCAAUGAAUACCUGGAGCAGCCGAAGAAAUCAGUGCCAGGAACAAAAAUGGUGUUCGCCGGCUUGAAGAAGGCGAACGAUCGAAAUGACGUUAUUGCCUUCUUAAACACGUUAAAAUAAAAUAGAGUUG